AUAAUUUUCGAUUGACCAUGCUGUUUGACAUAUAUCAUGACUUAACCUAAUUAUUGAAUUUAAAAGUCUUAAAAAUGAGCAAAUACGCCAAAUAUUCGGAUUUAAUAAAACAAACUACGGAAUAUGCUCGAAGAAUGAAUAGACUCAGUAACAGAAUAUUUGGAGAAGUAGUUCGACCAACAAACUCAAAGUCUAUGAAAGUUGUUAGAUUAUUUAGUGAAGAACCAGUUCAUUUACGUAAAGAAGUUCAUAGCUACUAUCCUCGGCAUGUCGAAACUGGAAAACUGAUGACGAAUUUAAGAUAUUACGGUUUAUUCCGAGAUGAACACGCAGAUUUCAAUGAUGAAAUGGACAGAAUGCGGGCUCUCAGGGGCAAGACGAAGCACAUACGUAAAACUAAGGCAGAACGUGAAAAAGAAAAAAGUAGUUCAUGAUGUCAAUAAUUAAGUAGUCUAUAGUGUCAUUACACUUUCAUAAUCCUU